AUGAAGUUCACUCUCGCUACCGUCGCCGCUCUCUUUGGCGCUUCCGCCAUCGCCGUCCCGACCCCUCAGGCCGACCCCAAUACUUAUGAGAACAUUGACAUCGCCGACCUCUCCGUUCGCAAGCAGGAGAACGGCACUGUAACCAGCGUCAGCUUCUCUCUUUCCGGCAAGAACGCUACCGGCCUGGCUUGCCAAGGCGCUACCAGCGUUCCCUCCGAAGUCAUCACCUGCGGUGACUCCAAGUACCGCUUCAGCAUCCAGCCCGGCGUCACAACCGAGUUCGCUCUGCGUAUCUACCAUGAGCUCGGCCUUGCGGUCGGCUUCUAUGGUGAGGGCGAUGUUUUCACAUACUGCCAUGCUGGUGGUCUCGGUGACGAGCUGUGCAACCAGCUUUACCCCACGACUAUUGUUAUUGACGCCAACCCCGAUGUUUAA